AUGCACAAAGGGGAAUCUGUGGAUAUGGGGCAGCAGGAGGGUUCAUUUUCUGUUCUAAAAUCAGAGGUGAAAAGCGGCUUCAAAAUGGGAAAACUCAAGGCGGUACAGGCGAGACGCUGUGGGCACCAUCACCAUGGAUAUUCCUUGCAUAGACACGAUGGUGCCAACAGAGAAGCUGUGCAUGUGCAUGGCGGAGCGCCGCGCCGCAGCAUGAGGCACCGGCCGAGCACCGCGCCCGGGCUCGCCCUGCUCUGCCUCGCCGCCCUCCUGGCCGCCGCCGCCGGGCUGCCCUCCAGCCCCGCGCCGCCCUCCGAGCCCGGCAGCGGUAGCGGCGGCCCCGCUGAGGGCAGCCCCGGCACCGCCGCACCGCCGCUCCGCACCCGCGGUACCACCGCGCCCGCCCGGGGCACCGCUCCGCCGCCACCGCCGGAGGAGGAGGAGAUGGAGGCGGCGGCGGUAGCGGAGGAGGAGGAGGAGGAGGAAGAAGAGGAACAGGAGGAGGCGGCCGCGGGCAGCGGCCCCGCAGGAGACCUGUGCAACUGCAGCGCUGUGGGCAGUGCCAGCGUGGAAUGCAACAGCACCACGGGGCAGUGCCCCUGCCUCGAGGGCUACACGGGGCUGCGCUGCGAGACCUGUGCCCAGGGCUUCUUCCCAAAUCCAGAUGCUCAACAUCGGUGCCAUCCCUGCGGAUGCAGCCCCGCCGGCUCCCUCAGUGCCCAGUGCGAUGGCUCUGGGAAAUGCCAGUGUAAAGUUGGUGUCAUGGACCUGAAGUGUGACCGGUGCAGUGACGGAUACUACAGGUUUAAUGAAACCACGUGCGAGCCGUGCCAGUGCAACAACCACUCCAAGACCUGCAACAGCUCCACAGGCAUCUGCCUGCACUGCCAGGGGAACACUGAGGGGAACCACUGCGAGCUCUGCAAGGAGGGAUUCUACAGAAGCACCCAUCCUGCCCACUCCUGCCAUCGCUGCCCGUGCUCCACCGUGGCAUCGACUGGAACGUGUCGCAUACAUCAUGGUGAAAGUGCCCCAAGGUGUGACAGGUGCAAAACUGGGUACACUGGCCCGAACUGCAACCGCUGUGACAACGGCUACUACAACUCUGACAGCAUCUGCGUGACGUGUAAGUGCAACGGGAACGUGGACCCAGUGCAGUCGCCCAGCGUGUGCCGGCCGGACAGCGGGGAGUGCAUCGGCUGCCUGUACCACACCGCCGGCUUCCACUGCGAGCGGUGUGAGGAUGGCUACAUCCGAGACCCCGACGGGACCAACUGCACCAAGAAAGAAGCCACUCUUGGGCCAGAAACCGGGGAGUUCACAACAUCUGCUCCAAAUGCCACCCAGGCAACAUCCUUUCCAACUGCAGUGAUAAACAGUACGUUGUCACCAACAACUAUACAGAUGCUAUUUCCCAUGAGUUCCUCUGACAACAGCACUUCUGCUUUUGCAGACGUGUCCUGGACUCAGUUUAACAUCAUUAUCUUGACAGUUAUCAUCAUUGUUGUGGUCCUACUAAUGGGCUUUGUGGGUGCUGUCUACAUGUACCGUGAGUAUCAGAACAGAAAACUCAACGCUCCUUUUUGGACCAUUGAACUCAAAGAGGACAACAUCAGUUUCAGCAGCUACCAUGACAGCAUUCCCAACGCUGACGUUUCGGGGCUGUUGGAAGAUGAUGGGAAUGAAGUUGCACCGAAUGGACAGCUAACGCUGACGACUCCCAUGCAUAACUAUAAAGCUUAAAAGCAGUGAUCCAGCUAUUCCAAAGUUGGCUUGGAAAAGUUAUGGGGCUUGUUGAAGGGAUAUCAGGAAUCCGUGCCAAGGCUCCAAGCAGAGGAAUUUGCUCUUCAGAUACUCUUAUUCUGGGAAUGCUGUAGCUUGCAGGUGAACAGGAAAAAGCGUAGUACAUCUGAAUUUCAGGUAAUACGGUGAAGUGCAUUCAGUGGCCUGCUCUCCAUCAAGAUCCACAGAGUUCACUGUUGUUAAAGGCUUGAUGAUGCUGAUCUGAAAUAUCUUUCUUAUGAAGAAGUGGUAGGGUGGAGAAAGCACUACCCAUGACUCAUCAAAAGCUACUUGAUAUCCAGCCAACCUAACACUUAUGUCUUCAUCCUUUAGUUUGAGAAGUAGCUCAUGAAUUAACAGUGGAUAUUCAGGAAAGGCUUCAUUUUAGUUCCUGAUAUAAAUGUGUUUAUAAAGGAGGACAAAAAGAGAAAGGGAGACGUUCACUGCAAUACCAAAAGGCAAGUAGAGGAGUGAGGUGCACACUUAAAAAAAGUCACCAUUAUGAGUUUCCACUAAGCAGGGAAACAGGGGAAAAAUAAAGAAUUAAAACAUUGGAGUUAGGGAAGAGACAAAGCUUUUCCAUUUCGGAGUAUUUAUACAGGGUGAUGAUGCUAUUAAAACAUAGCAAUCCAUUUUGGUUUUUCUAGAAGGAGUUAAUGAACUUGUAUAGUUUCUGUGCAAGGGAAGACGACAAAGACAUCUCAGGGUUGCCGUGUAAAAAGAAAAGCUAGGCUUAAUACCCUACCCUGAUAGCAAUGGUGUGUUCUGUAUAUAAAAUGUAAUAUAUCUUCUUGGAAUUGUAUUUGUAAUUAUUUGUACAAAAAUAGACAACCAACCAACCAAAAAACCCCCCCCAACAAACCCAUGAACCUCCCCUAUCCCCCAAGUCAUAUUUUCUCUUCUAGAUUUUAACUGUACAGCGGUUAGUGGCGUUGUUUAAAACGGAAACAACCUGAGGGUUGUUUAAAAUACUGUAAAUUAGAUGGCAAUAUUGUUGGAGCUGGGACUCUGGCAAACACUGACUGCUUGAAGCUUUUCUUCUAGUGUCAUUGACUAACUUUCUUUUUUAGAGAACGUGUGAGUGCUCCCUACUUGCAUCUGUUUGAUUUCCCCAUUCCUUUAAAUAUAGAGUGAAUACCAGUGUUGCCAUGACUUAGGGCCUAGUAAGUGUCCAAAAAUUGGAUGUACCAUUCUGUUACUUGCUUUUAAAUCUCCAUACAAAAUGCAAAUACACUGUCAUGAAUGCACUGAGAGCCUGAUCUCGAUGGCUGAGCUUCUCCAGAGCGGCUGCUCGUGGUGUGAGUGGAUCUCAUUCCCAUCUGUCCUGCACUGACACAGUGAUAGGGGAGACAUGUCAGAGAGCUGAAAGCAGCCUCCUGGAGGGCAAAAGCAACAACAUCUGGAUUUGGAUGGGAAUGGCUUUCAGCUGAAGAGCUUCUAGGCUUAAAAGCUAAAAAUGCACUGAGGCUUUCUGGAAAUGUACAUAGCACAAGGUGGUGGUGAUGGGGAAUCAGCUGUGUCCCUGGUUCCCCUGAUUUUUGUGGGAGGCUGGUGGACUGUUAGGGGGAGAACAACCAGCGGGCAGCAGAGUACAGGGAGGUCACUCCUCACUUGGUAUCUGCAUCAAGGCAGGCACUGUGCCCUCCUUGUGCUGGUGAGCGCCAGGUCCAGCCCAUGAAAAUCAAUACUAUUACAUUUAAGCAGGGUGUGAAACAAGCCUCUCGCCUAACUCAUGAGGAACCUCAAACUAAAGCUGCAUUGCUGUGUGUGUUGGUGCUCUGCAAACGAUUGCUGCUGAGGAUAAAUGAAGUACCUGCUAAAGGUCAGCAGGAGCUGACAGAUGCAUCCUCAGAGCCAGGUGAAAGGAGGUAUUUCUCAAGAUGAGAAAUGGUAGGAAGAAUGUGGUGAUUAUUUAUUUGCUUUCUGGUGCUGCACGGAGGCUUUUCUUACCAUUGGAGACUUUUUGGGGAGGGUGGGGGGUACAGGUACUUCAAACACAUGCACAAACAUGCCAUUUCUGCCUCAAAAACUUGCUUGCCUGGUUUAAAGAUGGGGCACACCAAGUAAGAAGGGAAAGAGCUGAAGAUGGUCAAGGGCAACUGCAAGGGCAGAAUGUGAGAUUGAGCUGAUGGGACCUGGGUGAGGUCCCGGAGUGUAGGUAAUAACUUUGGCUAAUGUCAGUCAGAGCAAUGUUACUUGGAGUUAUGAAACAGGGGAGGAGUGGAGGAGAAAAUCUGGAUGUUGCUAAUUCUUGAGUCAUUCAUCAGACUUUGGAAGAGCAGAAAAUUUCCUGGAAGUUGUAACUAUUUAGCAGCACUGAUUUAGGGAUACGCUUGCACUUCAUCACUUCAGAGGGUGGGGAAAAGUGAUUUAGGAAGUGUUAGCUUCUGAGACUAAUGCUGGCAGGCUAAGUGAAGGAUGGAUUGUUCACUUUAAUGUUUUCGUAAUAUUUUGGUAGAGAGAGAAAACACCUCUUCCUCAUUUUGGGAUUACUGUUGGCUACUUUGUACCAGAAAUAGGCCUUGAGUUUUCUCUCGCUGUAGAAAUAACAUCUUCAAAAUCAGAGUGUGAGUUCAGAUGCUGAGCCCUCCUAAUAUGUGCCUACCACAGUGCAGGAGGUGUUUGCAUCUGGGCUGCUUCUGACCUCCAAAUUGCCCUCAAUUCUUUGUGUUUGAGCCCUGGGUUUGAGAAGAGGGGGAGGGCAGGAUACCUUACAGUCAGUCUGCAAGGGAGGGUGGUACAGCUGUGCUGCUUUGGGUUGCACAUCUGGAUGAAAGGAUGUAGAUGGUCCCCACAGAUGUGAUGGGAAGCUUGGCUGGGCAGGGGGGACCUGGCUGCCUGGGUUUGGGCAGCAGAGGAAAGCACAGGAUGUUCUUUAGCAGGGACUGGAGCACAGCGAGGAUGUGGCACUGGGACAGUGCUUGUCAGAUGGCAAAAUGACUCAGCAGGAAAAUCCCAGCCAUCUCCAGUCAACCAGGCCUUUGGCACAGAGGAACAGCACUUAAAAAAGGGGAUCAAUGUCUCAGCAAAGAGAGAAUAAACAGCUUCAUGUUCGAUUUUGGUGGUGUGAGAUGAGACCCUCCCUCUCUCCAUCACUCAUGCAGUGUCCCCUGGGCACUGCAGGAGAUGAGGACAAAGCUGGGCUAGUUGUAUCUUCUAUCAGCUUAGGUUGACAUUGCAUUUUGAGGGGAUGCAGAGCAACACACAUGUGCCAAGGUACUAAAGGACACCAGGACCACUGACCUGCCAUGUUGUAACUUGCCAUGAAGCUUCCCAGAUGUUGUGGUUUGCCCUAUGCCACAAUGGGGUGUGGGCAGGUAAACCAGAAUUGGAUUUACAGGGCUGUUGAGGUCCUACUCAAGCUAGCAAGACAAGCAGGCAUCUGGAUGACUUCUAGGGCUGAUGUGGCAAUACAGAUACAUGUAGGAUUGCUGAAGGGCCACCAUACUUCUCCUUCUAAGUGGGCAUGCUGCUGUAUGGCUCUCCUGAAGAAAGGUAGUUGAUAGCAUGGUACAGUGGCUGUAGAACAUAGAGAAGGUACAGUAAGGGCUGGGUUAAGGUGGGAAACCAGCUCUCAAGGCACAAUCCUCAGGGUCGUGAGGGCCCUGUGGACCCAGAUGGUCUGGAUGGGGCGAGUUCAACAGUCAAGUAACUUGGAGGCAAGAGGAUAUAAUGGAGUGGAUAAAGGGCAAAAAGCAAUGGUAUGUCAAAGGUGUGGGGCAGCCUGGAUGGCUGACAACUUAGGAGAGCAUUUGGUAAGCACAGAAUGCAACAGACAUGCAAAGAGUGAUUGGGUUAAUGGGAACAGAUGAUCUCAAAUCUUAUGAACCACUGUAGCUAGGAAUAACUUUGUGGAGCACUAGCCCUAGGGAGCUGGGAGGAGAUGUCAUCCACUGGAAUGAGAAUUCCCUUGAACCAGGCAAACUUGGCACGCUGGAAGCCUUUUAUGAAGGAGGAGGGGAUGUAGUCAGCAUCCUUUGGGUGUCCUGGGCCAGUUCAGUGCUCUACAACCGCGUUAUCUUAAACGUUACAUGCAAUGGAAACGGGGGGGGGGGGGGUUGCACAGUCUCCUUUAAAUAAAAGAUAUAAAAAUAAAUUUCUCUGUCAAGUGAAGUUUUAAAAUGAGCUCCCACAGGACUCUGCUCUUUGUGUCAGAGGCAUGGAUAAGAGAAAUGUGGGCCUUAAAAGCUGUACUUGCUCCCAACUGAAACCAAUCAGUCUUACUACGCAUCCAAAUAAGGUGUCUCCUAAGCAUAUGCUAUGCUUACAAAUGCAUUUCUAAAAUAAAAAGUGUAUGAUUUGAAUAUAUGUCAGAAUUUAUACAGAAGAAUGUUAUUUAAAAUGAAUAAAAAUAAAUGUAUAUAAUUUGUAUCUAUGCCA